GAUGGGCCGGAUGCAAAACGACCUCUGCAAAUUGUCAGCGUCAUUGAUGAAGAAAUUCCCCGACCGCCCGAACCCGAGCUGCAACAGUUGUAUGAGGAAUACAAUCUGUCGCGGCAACGAUACACGUAUUACCGCGAGCGCCUGCAGAAGGAGAUCCAAGCGAAACGAAAUGGCGUUCCAGGAGCCAGCUACAUCUCCCCGUUUGCUUCGACACUGAGCACUUCAACCACACAGUACUGCAUACUGCAAAUUUACCUAGCUAGAUAG